AUUUUAUUUUAUUUGAUUUUGUGAAAAAUAAAAAACCCCGAUUUGGUUUCUAAACCCUUUUCCGGUCCCCCCUCCAGCAAUCCUCCUCCGUCUUCCUCACUAGUCCGAUGACUUUAAACCCCAGUUUACAUAUUUAGUCAAACAGAUUACGAUCAAUUCACAGCUCUUUUUCCAGAUUGACCUUCUGGGUUUUGUUCUUUAAGCUCUCGGUUCUCUUCUCCUGUUAUUCGCCGUUGUAAAAUCUAAUUUAAUUCAAAAAAAAAAAGGGCACUUUGAUUGGGGAAAGGUUAACAAGAUGCAGCAUUUAAGGAGAACUGGAAUUUUGUUGAGGAGUAGGUUAACAAGCAGCUUGAAAUCACAUUAUGGAUUGAAUUCUUCCCUUGAUGGUAUAUUUACUCAAUGCGCACCAGACAUGGGUUUUGCUCCCUUUUCAUCUGCAGCCACGGCAAAGGCAGCGAUUAGUGGUUUUGUGAAAAGAGAAGGGACUAAGUGUGGUAAAAACUAUGCCGGAGUGGGAAAUUAUUUGACCAAGGUCAAACACGAAGCUGGGGGGUCAGCAGGUACAUUUCCAUCAAACAGGUUGUCUAGCAGAUCAAUUUUUGUUAGCUCCAGGUCUCUAUUUCAACUUGGUGGAAUGCAUAAAAUAAACUCUGAAGUGUCUCUCUCUGCAAGACCCUUUACUUCAAAAGCAUCUGAGCCCACAGAUAAAAACAAAUCUGAGCCCCGCAAGGAUAUAUCUGCAUUCGAAGACCCCUUUGAUGCCCCAACAGAUGUCAUCCCAGAGAAGCCAGUGACAUUUACAGAAGGUGCUUCAUACUCUUUAGUAAUCCUUGCUGGACUUGGAGUUGCUGUUGCUGCAGGAUAUGCUGUUUUCAGUGAACUUAUAUUUCAACCAAAAGAAUACAAGAUUUUCGGGAAAGCUCUCAAAAGGAUCCAAGAUGACAGCGAAGUCAGGGUGAGGAUUGGAUCCCCCAUUACUGGCUAUGGGUCAGAAAGCAGGAACCGUGCUGCUCGCCAGCGUAUUCCAAACAAAGUGUGGGUUGAUGAAGACAAAGUUGAGCAUAUUGAAGUAAUGUCUUCUUAACUGAUCUGUUGAUACUGGUUUCUUGAUUUCGGUAAAUAUGCUUCUUUUGUGCCCUUUGCGUUAUUUAGGUUUCUUGGAUGAACUUCUGUCUGGGUUGGAAAAUAGAUAUUGAUCUUGUUUCCGUACUGGCAAUAGAUGCGUUGGACCUUCCUUGCUGAACUUGCUAGAAAAUUUUUAAUUCACAGCAAAUAACUUUGAUUUAUAACCUAAGCCUGUGCACUAUCAAACGUAGGUCAAUUUCUACAUUCGUGGGCCACAUGGUGCUGGGAAAGUUUAUUCAGAGAUGUUCAAGGACAAAGAGGAUGGCGAGUGGAAGUUUACGUAUCUAAUUGUUGAUAUCUUAUCUCCCUCCCGAAAGCAACUGAUUCUGGAGUCCUAUAUCGGGGCCUGAAAGAUGAUGCAACAUUUCUUGGGCCAAGGUUUAUUCUGCAUCAAUUUAAAAGUCAAACCUGUAUAAUAUAGUAGCCUUGGUUUUUGUACCAAUCCAGGAUAUUCCCACCAAGUUUGAUGUUUCAUCACAACCAAUGAUUGGUAUUCAUGUUUACUGAAGGGUGUUGGUCUGAGUUGUCCUUUGUUUUGGGGACUUCUGGACUAAAGGGCAUCUAAGAUUUCAAGGAAUUUGUGAGCUUCUCACAACCUCAAAGCCUAUUUCUGAAGAGGUUCUAAUCAAUUAAACAUUGCCCUUCUGGCCGAAGAUAGAGAUUACUGAUUUAUCCAAAAUCAUGAAGCGCUCGGCCAAUAAUUUUCUGGGGUUUUAGUCGUGUG